CCUCAGCAAGCCGCCAUCUAUCUGGCCCAGUAUUUUUGUCCCGCCUUGUUCCGUAUGAGCUCGCAACAGUCAGAAGAAUCUGUGAAUGGGGACAAAGAAAAGGUCGAGGAGGUCAACGCAGCCAACCUUCACCCUUUCAACCUUCAGCUCGAUACUGGUGAUGAGUAUACCAACUUUCGUCAAAAAUGGUGGCAAUUAUGGUUACCUAAGGACCCACCGCCUCCAGCUCCACCGUCUCUGGAGGAUGCAGCGCUGACGCCUUUAGUCAAUGCUUCCAUCUUCUCUCAGCUCACCUACUCUUGGGUCACAGAUAUAAUGAUUCUCGGAUAUCAGCGCACGUUACAAGCACCUGAUCUAUAUAAAAUGGAUCCAUCCCGAGAGUCGACCGUCCUUGCCGCUAAACUUGAAGCUGCAUGGCAGCGGCGUGUAAACACUGCAGCCGACUGGAAUGCACGACUUGAGAGUGGAGAACUCGUGCCAUCUCUCUUCAAACGUACCAGCUGGGCUUUGCUUGCAAUUUCAAGCAAUGAUCAGAAACAAGGCACGACUUGGUUUGAGCGAUACACAGCAUUUCAGAACCAUUGGCGAGAAUCCGAAGGGCGGAAAGAGGCCAGCCUUACUUGGGCUUUGAAUGAUGCUUUUCGUGGUAUGUUCUGGAUUGGAGGUAUAUUCAAGGCAUGUGUUCUUGGUGAUACAGCACAACUCAUGGGUCCUAUCGUCCUUCGGGAAAUCAUCGUCUUUGCGCAAGAGCGUUCCGCUGCGAUCAUUGCAGGAACACCUGCCCCUAAUGUCGGCCGUGGUAUUGCCAUGGCUCUUGGGCUCUUCGCGCUCACUAUGAUAGCCAGAGUUUGCUUCCACCAGUUCUUUUGGCAUUCGAUGGCAACAGGCGUACUGGCUAGAGCGGCGCUGAUAACUUGCAUUUACGAGCGUGGAGUGAAUCUCACAGGCAAAGCGCGUGUCAAACUCAACAACGCCCUGCUUGUCAACCAUAUUUCUACUGACGUGAGCAGGAUUGACGCGUGUGCGCAGUGGUUCCAUGCAGCCUGGACCGCGCCUAUUCAGGUCACAGUUUGUUUAAUCAUUCUUUUAACUGAGCUCGGGCCGUCUGCACUCGCUGGUUUCUCGCUAUUUGUCCUUAUGAUUCCGAUUCAACAGCGGUUAAUGGCGUUGCAGCACCGUAUUCGCUUAGUAUCGAUGAAGUGGACUGAUCAACGAGCCAAAGUUCUGCUAGAGGUACUAGGGGCUAUACGGAUUGUCAAGUACUUCUCAUACGAGGUUCCUUUCCUUCAAAGAAUCUUCGACCUUCGAAAGAAGGAGCUACAUGGUAUUCGAUGGAUUCUUCAUCUAACUUCGGCGAACUUGGCCCUCUCGACUUCGCUGCCAGUCCUCGCUGCCACACUAGCUUUCGUCACAUACACCCUUACAACACACAACUUCAACGUUGCCGUCAUAUUCAGUUCAUUGAGUUUAUUUCAGCUUCUCCGGCAACCAAUGAUGUUUAUGCCUCGCGCUCUAUCGGCUAUCCCCGAUGCAUCCAGCGCGAUUCAGCGGCUCACACACGUGUUCCGCGCAGAACUUAUUUCUGGAGAUACACUCAUGAUUGACAGGGAUCAAGAACCCGCGCUUCUGGCGAAGGACGCGACAUUUGAGUGGGAGUCAUAUGUACAAGAUUCUUGUGAGACAUUCAGCUCGAAGGGUGGCGGCGGUCCGCCGAGGGGCAAGGACAGGAAUGUGGACAUGGCAAAGGAAAAGCCCACUCCUGGAAAGGAUGCACCUCUUUUUCAGGUAAAGAAUGUGACCAUGACCAUUUCACGAGGUCAACUUGUUGCUGUAGUCGGGCCUGUUGGGAGCGGCAAGUCCAGUUUAUUGCAAGGACUGCUAGGUGAGAUGAGGAAGGUCUCCGGGCAUGUCUCGUUUGGCGGUCGCGUUGGUUAUUGUCCACAGAUCGCGUGGAUCCAGAAUGCUACAUUGCGUGAUAAUAUUACUUUUGGCCAACCAUUCGAGGAAGACAAAUAUUGGCGCGUCGUUGAGACCACCUGUCUACUUCCGGAUCUCCAACUGCUCCCAGAUGGUGAUCUGACCGAGAUUGGAGAAAGGGGAAUCAAUCUUAGCGGAGGCCAAAAGCAGAGAGUCAACAUUGCUCGUGCCCUGUACUUUGAACCUGAAAUUGUCAUAUUUGAUGAUCCGCUCUCGGCAGGCGAGCUAUUGGAUGCUCAUGUCGGAAAGUCCUUAUUCCAAGGUGCCAUCGUGGGUGCCCUGCGAAAUCGUGGCAUUACCGUCAUCCUGGUCACGCAUGCGAUCCACUUCCUCUCUCAAGUAGAUUACAUCUAUACCUUGAAUAACGGCGUCAUCACAGAGAGUGGAACCUACAAGGAUCUGGUCUCUCGCGGUGGGCAUUUUGCGCGUUUAGACCUAGAUUUCGGUGGCCAUGCGUCGGAGGGGGAAGAUAAAGACCAGGAAGAGGAGGUCACUACGCAAACAGGCAUUACUAUCGAGGAUGUGAAAUUGAAGUCUGAAAGAGCCAGAAAGCGGGCAAUUGGCAGUAGCAACAUCGAAGGUCGCUUGAUUGUCAAAGAGAAACGGUCGACGGGUUCUGUUUCCUGGACAGUGUAUUGGACCUACUUGGUUGCUGGACGUGGUUCAAUAACGGGCCCCCUAUUUCUUCUCCUCAUGCUUGUGAUGCAGGGAAGCCUGAUCUUGAACUCGUACACACUAGUUUGGUGGGAGACGGAUAAAUUCCACCGGCCAAACUCGUUCUAUCAGACGCUGUACGGCUGCCUAGGGGUUGGUCAAGCGAUCUUCGUGUUCUUGCUGGGUGCUGAAAUGAAUUACAUUUCCUGUUAUGUGUCUCAAAGCUUGCACGAGAAGUCGGUACGCAACAUCUUUCACGCAUCCAUGUCCUUUUUCGACACUACACCUAUGGGUCGAAUCCUCAACAUUUUUGGAAAAGAUAUCGACAGUAUUGACAAUCAACUACCACAAUUAACGACGUCGGUUGUCUUUAAGCUGUCUAGCGUGAUGGGCUCUAUCAUCAUCAUUUCUGUUUUUGAACCGUACUUUGUCAUUGCUGUGUUCUUCGUCGCUCUCGGUUAUAGCUACUUUGCCGCCUUUCAUCAAGCUGGUGCUCGUGAAGUCAAGCGCCUGGACUCUAUGCUUCGCUCUCUUCUGUAUGCCCACUUCUCAGAGACCUUGACAGGACUUCCCACAAUCCGAAGCUACCGAGCAAUGAAACGAAUUAUUGCUGCCAAUAGAUACUACGUUGAUCUGGAGAAUAGAGCUUUAUUUCUCGUGAUUACGACCCAGAGGUGGCUUGCAAUAAGGUUGGACUUCAUAGGAGCCACAUUAAUCUUUUUUGUUGCUCUUCUCGCAGUGAUCGAUGUCUCCGGGAUGAAUGCCGCUCAGAUAGGGUUGGUACUGACAUAUGCCUUGUCGCUGUUACAAAUGUGGGGUAUGUUAACCAGGGAAACAGCUGACGUCGAGAAUUACAUGAAUGCAGUGGAGCGAUUGUCACAGUACGUCGCAGGCGAUACGAUACCUCAGGAGGCUCCGUAUGAAAUUGAAGAACGAAAGCCCCCAGCGCAAUGGCCUGAGCAUGGUGCCGUCGAAUUCAACGACGUUAAAAUGGCAUAUAGGCCGGGCCUUCCCGAUGUAUUGAGAGGUAUCUCGAUUAAGAUUAGGGGAGGCGAAAAGAUAGGCAUUGUUGGACGGACUGGUGCUGGCAAAUCUUCGUUGAUGCUUGCACUAUUUCGAAUUGUUGAGGUGUCUGGUGGUUCAAUCACUAUUGAUGGUGUCGAUAUAUCGACAAUUGGUCUUAAAGAUCUCCGCUCUAAGAUUUCUAUUAUCCCACAAGAUCCCCUUCUAUUUAGCGGGACCAUACGCUCCAACCUGGAUCCAUUCUCGCAAUACAGUGACGCGGAGCUAUGGGAUGCACUGCAUCGAUCUUGUCUGCUUGAUUCUAGCACCACUCCGAGACAGUCAUUUUCCAGUGAUGGUGUCGGACACGAGCAAGCCCCCACUAGCCGCCACGACCUUGACAGUACCGUUGAGAGCGAGGGAACGAACCUCAGUGUUGGGGAGAGAUCUCUGCUCAGCCUAGCUCGUGCGCUGGUGAAAGAUUGCAAAGUCGUUGUCCUUGACGAGGCUACAGCCUCUGUCGAUCUCGAUACUGAUAGCAAGAUCCAGCACACUAUCCAGACGGAAUUUCAGGAUCGGACGCUACUUUGUAUUGCCCACCGACUUCGUACCAUCAUUUCAUAUGACCGGAUUCUGGUCCUUGACACUGGUCUUGUUGCAGAAUUUGAUACUCCAUCCAAUCUUUUCAAAAUAGAGGAUGGACUUUUCCGCGAAAUGUGCGAGAGGAGCAACAUCUCGUUGAAAGAUAUACUAGAGUCGAGUAGACAGGUUUAAAUGGUCAAGUCUGUCGUUGAUUUCUUUUCAUGAUGGUAAGGCCUGCACCUGCUACGUGGUAUUUAUUUCUUGUCGCAAUCUUGAAGUUGUUCCAUGUUUAGAACGCAUUUAUGUAUCGAUAAAAUAAUAGAAAUACGAUGGCUAUAUCUACUGAUCGCAAGAUAGAGACGAGAACAUUUUUGCUCACACGUUAAGCUGCAAGAUAGUAUGCCGGAGAUAUUUUGAGUUCUGGGAACGGUUGUUGUGGACAUGAGAAAUUGCGACUUAAGAGCUUGUUCGGUAAUCCACGUUAGAGCAACUUUACUUCAACGCACAAUUUUGGAGCUUGUUCGGUAACCUGAGUUUGAAUGAAAGUUGG